GUCCUACUUCUGCAAACGUUCUGCUUCCUUGUCAGUGUAAAGAUGGCACUCACAGACCCGUGCAAAGGGUGAUGUUCUCUGAAAUGAAAAUGGACAAGGGAGCAAGGUAGCACAUUUGUAAUAUCCACUGGCUCAGACUGCUGGUGCAGUAGACAUGAACUUGACUGAAGACAGUUUAUUUACCUCGAAGGCUAAGGAGUGCAGAUCCGUUUUAUUUGUUGCUUGUUGAAUAGUCGAAGUGUGUCGGAUCUGGUUAGCUAACGUAGCUAGCUAGUGGUAGCAAAAUAGAUGCUCGCAAAUACUGCGAUUCUGUAUUGAUUUAUACGCAGUGCAUAUUCGACCAUGGCCAUCUCUCAGUUUCGCCUUUUUAAGAUCUGCACUUGUCUCGCAACCUUGCUGUCCUUCUUCAAAAGAUUGAUAUGCAGAUCAGGAAGGUUGCGAAAGCUAAGUGGUGACCAGAUAACUUUGCCAACUACAGUGGAUUUUUCAUCGGUUCCCAAACAGGCUGAGAUUGAGGAGUGGAGCUCCUGGGAUGAGGAAGCCCCCACAAGUAUCAAAAUCGAGGGGGGCAAUGGCAACCUUCCACCCCCUCAGGAUGAUGCCGAGGAGGAGGAGCCAGAUUACUUCAAGGACAUGGCUCCCACCAUCAGGAAAACCCAAAAAAUUGUUCUGAAGAAGAGGGAGCCGCUGAAUUUCACCAUUCCGGACGGAAGUUCGGGAUUCUCCAGCCGGCUGGCAGCCACUCAGGAUGUGUCAUUCACCCAGCCGUCGGCUGAGCUAGGGGAAAUGGACACCUGGCAGGAGGACCCCAAUGCCUGGGAGGAUGAGUCUGAAGCUGCUUGGGAGGCGGAGGAAGUGCUGAGGCAGCAGAAGCUGGCAGAGAGGGAGAAACGAGCCAUGGAGCAGCAGAGGAAGAAACUGGAGAAAGAAGCUCAGAGACUGACGAAAAAAGAACAGAAGAUUGCCGUUAAGCUUUCGUAACGUAGAAGGAGCCCUGGGCAACGACAUAUGCCAGGAAAAAGCUGGACAUCCUUCCACACAGUCACCAUUUUCAUAACAGUUUUUUUUCCCCCUCCCUUUCCAAAGUUAACCCAUUCAUUUUCAAUUUCCUGGUGUACGUCCACCAGCAGCCAUUCAAAAUAUCCGUCUGGUGUCUGUGAAUCAUUCUGUAGGUCUGUUUUUUUUUUUUUUUUAAAUAACAACAAAAAAUAUGAAAAAUAUGCUAAAUUAUUUUUUCCCCUCUGCUGAAUCAGGUUGCAGGAACUAUUGUAAAUAGAAUUACAAAUGAACAUUUGGAGAACUGGGAAGUUUUGUGUAGUGAGGUUAAAAUGCACAGCAGAGUGUGAUAUUCUUAAACUGCUGAAUUCAUUCUCCAGUA